CGAUAUUGAUAACGAAUAGUUCAAAGUCGAGGAAGGUGGUUUAAAAAGAGAAACAACGGUGUACAAGCCAGUUUCUUUAUUUUUACAUUGUUUUGAUUAGUUAACUUCUUCAUCAACAUGGUGUCAGGAAUCGUUGCUGGCAGAUUAGCUAUUGUGACAGGUGCUGGGUCAGGAAUUGGACGUGCCACAUGCCAGGUUCUGUCCCGGGAGGGAGCCACAGUCAUAGCGGCUGACAAGAAUUAUGCGGCGGCUGAGCAGACUAUAAAAAGCCAUGCUGCCCUCGCUAGUGGGUUUAAUGAUGCAGGCGACCACUCUGCGCUCGAGCUAGACGUGUCAGACUCCAAAUCGGUUAAACACGCGGUACAGAAGACACUGGGACAAUACAAGGCUCCACCCACUAUAGUGGUCAACUGCGCUGGUAUCACACGAGAUAAUUGGCUGCUUAAACUGUCUGAGGAGGACUAUAGCCGGGUGCAGGAUGUCAACCUUAAGGGUACGUUUCUCGUGAUGCAAGCGUUUGCGCAGGCGAUGGCUGAUAAGGGCCAGCCGGGGUCCAUCGUAAACAUAUCCAGCAUUGUCGCAAAGUAUGGCAACAUUGGUCAAACUAACUACGCGAGUAGUAAGGCGGGUGUGAUCGCUAUGACUCAGUCGGCAGCGAAAGAAUUAGGAAAAUUCAAUAUUAGAGUGAACGCAGUCCUUCCCGGUUUCACGGAGACUCCGAUUGUGGAGACGGUCCCCGAAAAAGUGAUGCAUCAAAUGAUAAAGAUGAUACCUUUGGGCAGAAUGGGCCAGCCUUCUGAAAUAGCAGAGGUGAUAACAUUCCUGAGUUCUGACAAAAGCUCCUUCGUCACCGGGGCCGCCGUCGACGUCACUGGGGGGUUCUAACCUUCCAGCAGUUAAGUCGCAUGGCACACUGCAUCCGAUUCGCACGUCGCUCCGAUGUUUGAGCGAGACAACGCCAUGCGUAUUAUAGCGACAUCCCGCUCGCACCUUGAAGCGACGUACCUACGAAUCGGAUGCAGUGUGUGCCUGCAGGGUGGUAUUCCACUUGUCCAAUGUGUAUUAUGUCUCACAUUUUGCUUAAUGAGAGAGUGAGACGCAAUGACAUUGGACCAAUAUAUUGGACAGAUGGAAUACCACCCUUAUAGGUGCGUCCGUUAAUAAUUUCUGGCUUAUGGCCUUAUUUAUAAACGCUUGUCAUAUAUGAAAUGGUACAUUUACCAACUUACCUUUUAUAACUGGUGCUGUCAUCUGUAAAUAUUAAAUAUAUACAUAUUUUUAUUCUACUUUUCUACUUGUAUGAGUCUUUAAUUCUGAGUUGUUUUAAACACCCUAAAAUAAGAACAUAUUUUGUAACAUGGUGUUACUGUACCGCCCUAGGGCGAGAUUAAGGACAAUACGUACCUAUGUCAAAAAUUUAAAGGGCCAUAAUAUGUACUGGGUAAAUCCACGGUGACUCACGUUACUUUGUAGUCACUAUUCCUAACAAUCUUGUCGUAUAUUUGAGAUCAAGGGCUUUCUACAUCGAAAACUUGAUAAUGAUAUCACAGAGUACAUUACUGCGAAUCAUUUAUCGAAGUACUUUUUCUCCGACAAAUUAUAAAAAUUGGAGAAAAGUGGAAAAUAACUCCGUGACUCACGUCACAAGAAAUGGACACGGAGUUUUACGCCUUUUGUGUUUAUUGAUUUCCCUUUGAUUACUGAAUGAAUUAGUUUUAACAAAAUAACAAAACAAUGACAUAAAUAAUCAAGCUUCUUUAAUAGUUAACCAAAUGAAAUCAAAGAUACACACUUAUUUAAAUAAAAUAUAAAACCUUACGAACUCACGUUAUAGUCUGUUCGAGAUCCUGAAAACGGUGAAAAAUAAAGAUAAUACUCCUAAAAAUACGUGUGAUACCUCAUUAGAUUCGUCAUGAUGCGUAGAAAAAUGUAUUCGAAGCGUGUAUUAGCACACAAAAAAUAUCAAAAGUUAGAAACAAAAAAGAGGGGGAAAAAGUAGUUAUGUUUUAUUUUCCCAAUAUCUCAAAAAAACAAUCAAUGUUUAAGAAACCAAAAUUGAUAUUAUAAAAGAAGAGGAUAUUUCGAAUAAAACACUCCAUACUUGCAGAACUGUAUCUCCAUUAUUUAUACUUUUUAUUCAACACUGAACACAGCCCUCCGCGCCUCAUUUUCGGGAAAUGCGCGUGGCGUGAAAAAGCGAUUACGUAACAUUAAAUAUAAUUUUAAAGGUAUUAAAUAUUCAUUGAAAAAUUUAAAAAAAAUAUGGUGUAUUUAGAACAUGUCAACAAAUGUAAUAGUUGUAGAAAUUUAUCUUAAAGUUAUUUUUUCAACAAGUUAGGCAAUUGUUAAUGAACAAAAUUUACUCGAAAUUCCUUCUUCAUUGAGAACGAAAAAAAAAUAGUAUAAAUAACUAUUGUAAAAUUUCGUCCCUUUCUAGAGCCUUUCUCAU